GCAAGUCGUCACUACUGUCUGCGACAACACAACAAAGCCGCCUCUGCUGUCUGCGACACGCAUUCAACCGUCACUGCAGACUGCGCUCGCUGCACCAUACACUACAUCGCAGCCGUCCGCCAUUUGUAGCCGCGAGCACGUUGGGCCGCCCGUUUUGCGCGAAGAUUCUUCGCUUGACGGAUCCACCCCGGUCGCUAGUUAUAGCGGGCGUGGGAGCAGACUGUCACAGGACUCCGUCACACCUUGUUGUCCCACCACCGCCCUCCCUCCUGCUCCUCACUCCUUUGACGCCUGACAACUACUCCGACUGCGGCUCGACAGCCAUUCUGCACCCAGCAAACAAUGGACUCGAUGCAGAGACUGUCGACGUCUCUUCCCCGGAACCGCAGCGAAGUGCCGAACGAUUUGCUUGCAGACUUCAAGGCUGCCGCUAGAUCGGUUACCGACCUCUAUAGAACAGCCGUCACUUCACAGAAGCAGGCUCGAACGGCAGGAUACCAGGAUGCCCUCGACGACCUGCUCGCCUUCCUGGACAAGGAGAACAUGGGAUUGAUGGACGGCGAAGGCUGGCGAGUGCGUCAGUGGGCGACUGCCCGCUUGGAUGGCAGUGGAUUCUCGGCCGGUACAGUGGCCACCAACACAACCGAGGAGGACGAUGAGGACAGAUCAGUCAAGGAAGAGGAAAAGGACGAUACCAGGAGCUCGAGUCCGGAACUGCAGAGACGACCAGUGUUGCCCACUGCGACCAGCGAACUCACGGUAGAGGACGAUACGCCACUUCAACGACGAGUCGUCUCCGAACCGCCACAAGCUCAGCUGCCUGUACAACCGACACCACAGCAACAACUACCGCAGACCACGUUCUCAUUUCAGUCCAAUCACGCAUAUCCACAUGGCAAUCACGACAGAGACAUGGAAUUGGAUGGAAACAGCACCACUUCUGUACAGGCUUACGCACCAACAUCGGUUCCUUCUGCUGCAGACAAUGCUGUCCGCAUAAUACCGCGAUCUACCCGCUCGAAUCGACGCUCUAACCACAACCGACGAGCAGCGAGUGACAACCGCACUCCAACUUUAAACUUCAACCUUGGAUCAGCAUCUGGCACGAAGCGGAAAAUACCCUUCCCCGACUUCUUCGAUAUUUCUGGCAUCAACGACAACGGAGACAGGAAAGACGAUGGGAGGGACAGGGGAGGAAAGCGGAGGCAUGUGUGAAGGACGUUUUACCGCGCAUGACCAAGAUUGUGCUUGAUUGGGACGGAGCAUGUCAGCAUUCCGAGCUGUACUAUCUCUAGUGCAAAGGAGUUUCAUGUGCAUGGGAAAUGCUGUCAUUCGAAGCGAGCGCGGAGUACAGGUUUUUUGGUCUGAGGACUGCAUCUUUUUGAGGUGUUUUUGUGGAAGAUGCAUAGGACUGGCGAUUCUAUCCUUUCGAGGAGUACUGAGGAAGGAUUCGAGGAGUACUGGGGAAGGAGACCUUGGAAGCAUUAGGCAGAAAGGGGAACAUUUUGCAGUUGCAUUGUAGAGGUGGAGUCUUGUCGUUAUUGUCUUUUGAAAAGAUACCCAGGGAUGUUACGCAGACAACGAAACCAAAUGAGAAUU